CAUUUGAGACGACGACAUUUUGAACAAAAAAGUGCAAAGUGAAAUCAAAUAUGUCGGAACGUUUGGCAGGCGCUUCGUUUUCAUUGCUGAAAUACGAUAAUCCCGUGCUAUUUCGGGAGCCGAGUGACGCCAAUAAGAAGAAGACAGGCGAAUUACCUCAGUUACAAACUGCCAGUGGACCAACUGGCGGAAGUACCAGUCGAUCCUUCACUACCAAUUCGGGUCCGGUUCCAGAUCCGCCCUCGCCGCCGGGUGGAGGCAAGAAUCGCGAUAUUAUUCGACGUGAAGCGCAAGAUGCUAUCAACGCAAUUCUUCCUCCCAAGGAAUGGACCGAAGACGACCAGAUAUGGCGCCAGCUGGUCUCAAGUACGCCGGCAACAAGAUUGGACGUCCUCGCUCUGCAGGAACAGUUAGAUUCUAGGCUCAAGCAGCGUCAAGCACGUGAAAUUGGAAUCUGUCCAAUCAGAAGAGAGCUCUACUCGCAAUGCUUCGACGAACUGAUUAGACAAGUGACCGUCAGCUGCUCCGAAAGAGGUUUCCUAUUGGCUCGGGUGCGCGACGAACUCAAUUUGACGUUGCUUUCAUAUCAGACCUUAUAUGAGAGCAGCUUGGCCUUUGGUGUGCGCAAAGCUUUGCAGGCGGAGAUCGGUCGAGGAGAAAUGGAAGAACAGAUUGAGCAGUUAAAGCACGUCGAGCAGAAUCUUGAAUGUCAAAAGACGGAGCUUAAAGUUGAGUUGGAACGGAAUGCCAAACGAGCUCAAGAGGACAUAGAAUCCCUCAAACAACAGCACGCACAAGAAGUGGAAUCCUUACAACAAUCCAACAAACAGCUCAAGGAACUCUUGGAAGGUGUUCUUACAGGAAACAAAUAACACUGGACCAUUUAAAAAAAAAGCUAAAAACAUUGCAUAAUAUUUUUUCCGCAUUAAAUACACUUAGAGCACCAUGACAUUUCGAAAUAGAAAUAAACGAAUUGACUGCACGUAUCGAGGUCACUGCAAACAUGAA